AUGCUGCCGAGACGCCGCUACAGGCUUCUCACCAUCUUCGCCGCCGUCGUCGUCUUCCUCUUCUACCGCUCCGCGCCGAGCUGGCGGGGUCUGCAGCACGACGUCGACCCGCUCGGGCCGGCAUCCGGCCCCAAGGGAAACGACGCGCAGCCGAUCCUGCGCAAUGACGAAGCCGAGGACUCGUCGACGUUCAAGGACGACAAGGCCCAAGUCGCCGCCGAUGCCGCCGGCCCGGAUUCUCCCAGUGCCGGGUCCGAGGCCGCCGCCAGUCGCCCGUCGACCAUAGCCGAGCCCGCGAGCGAAGGGCCCAGCAGUCCUAGAGUUCACGUGUCGCUCGCCGUGCCCAACGACGAGAAUCAACCCGGCCCGCAAUGGCAACCGGCAGACGCCGGGCCGCCGACGGAUAAGCUGCACUGGACCAAACCCCCCGAGCGGUUCCCGAUACCCAAGGAGUCCAUCAUCAAGCUCCCCGCCGGGCGGCGCAAGCGGAUUCCGAAAAUCCAGCACUCCUUCCAGCCAGAGUCCAAGGCCUCAAAGGACGUCCGGCUUGAGCGACUCGCCAAGGUCAGGGGGGAGAUAGCACGUGCCUGGGGCGGCUACAGAAGUUAUGCCUGGAUGCAUGACGAGCUGUCUCCCGUCUCCGGCCGGCACCGUGACCCCUUCUGCGGCUGGGCCGCCACCCUCGUCGACUCGCUCGACACCCUGUGGAUCGCCGGCCUCCGGGACGAGUUUGACGAGGCGGCCAAGGCCGUCAAGAACAUCGACUUCACCGCCACGCCCCGCUUCAGCAUUCCCGUCUUCGAGACGACCAUCCGCUACCUCGGCGGGCUCAUCGCCGCCUACGAUGUCAGCGGCGGGAAACGCGGCAACUACCCCUUUCUCCUCGAAAAGGCCCGUCAGCUGGCCGAGGUCCUCAUGGGCAUCUUCGACACCCCCAACAGGAUGCCCAUCCUCUUCUAUCAGUGGCAGCCGCAAUUCGCCUCCCAGACCCACACGGCCGGCCAGGCGAGCAUCGCCGAGUUCGGAACCUUGUCCCUCGAGUUCACGCGCCUGGCCCAGCUCACGGGCGAGAACAAGUACUAUGAUGCCGUCGAUCGCAUCACCGACUCCCUCGUCGAGCUGCAAAAGGCCGGCACCGUCAUCCCGGGCCUGUUCCCGGAGCACUUGGACAUCUCGGGCUGCAACCACACGGCGACGCUCGCCCGAGACAUGAUGAGCCGCGCGGCUCAGCAUCAGGUGGACUCCAACAAGGACCCGGGCGAGGCGAGCGGCUACGGAGAGGGGGCCAAGGAAAGCGUCGGCGACGGUGAUGCUUCCGACAAGUCCGGCGAGGUCCUGCCAAGGGCAGAUGCAGAUGCGGCUGUCGGCAAGAGGGCCGACGGCACGGAUGGACCGUUGGCGGCGAGUGGAAGCAGGGCGGAGUGGGAUUGCGUCAAGCAGGGCGUCGUCCCUGUCUCGUACGGCUCCCAAUCUUUCCAUCUGGGCGGCUCGCAGGACUCGGCAUACGAGUAUUUUCCCAAGCAACACCUGCUUCUCGGCGGCCUGGCGCCCAAGUAUCAGAAGCUAUACGAAGACAUGGCAGAUGCCGUAAAGGAAUGGCUUCUCUUCCGGCCCAUGGUCGCCGGCGAUUGGAAUGUUCUCUUCCCCGCCAGGAUCAACACCAUGGGGAAGCCGAAGGAGGACCUGGACGUCGUCUAUGACGUGACCCACCUGACCUGUUUCGUCGGAGGCAUGUUCGGGCUCGGCGGCAAACUCUUCGGUCGCGACAAGGACGUCGAGCUGGCCAAGCAGUUCACCGACGGCUGCGUGUGGGCAUACCAAUCGACCGUCACGGGAGUCAUGGCGGAGAGCGCGCGCGUCAUGUCCUGCCCGACCUUGGACAAGUGUGAGUUCAACGAGAAGCAGUGGCAUGAAAGUCUGGACCCGUAUCAGCAAUGGCGAGAUAAGAGGCUCCAGCAGUGGCAAAACCGGACUCAGGAACUGAUGGCUGAGUACCGUGAACGAAAGGCGGCUUCAAGCGACCCGUCGUCGUCGGCUGCCGCCGCAAAUCCACCGCCGGAUGACGUGGACGAAUCGACCAUCAACCCGGAACCAAAGCCCAUGUCCCAUGCGGAGUACAUCAAAAACAUACUUGAUACCGAAUCGACGCCCAAGGGCGUUGUGGCCAUGAACUCGCCUAAUUAUAUUCUCCGGCCCGAGGCCAUCGAGUCCGUUUGGUACAUGUACCGCAUCACCGGCGAUCCCACCUGGAUGGACAAAGGCUGGGUCAUGUUUGAGGCGACGGUGCGUGCCACGCGAACGUCCAUCGCCAACAGCGCGAUACGAAACGUCAACCACAAGGAUCCGGCGCUCACCGACGAGAUGGAAAGCUUCUGGCUUGCCGAGACACUCAAGUACUACUUCUUGCUCUUCUCGGAGCCGAGCGUCAUAAGCCUGGACGAGUGGGUGCUGAACACGGAGGCGCACCCGUUCAAGUUGUGA